CCGGGCCCCGCCCCCCCCUCCCCACAGCGCCGCCGCCGCCGCCGCGCAUUUAAACGGGCCGGGCCGCUCCGCGCCGCUCCUCAGCUCCGUCCGGCUGCGCCUUCUCGCCCGGCCGCGCCAUGUCGGUGGUGGGCAUCGACCUGGGCUUCCAGAGCUGCUACAUCGCCGUGGCUCGGGCCGGCGGCAUCGAGACCGUCGCCAACGAGUACAGCGACCGCUGCACGCCGUCAUGCAUCGCCUUUGGACCCAAGAACCGCUCUAUUGGUGCUGCAGCUAAAAGCCAGGUUAUUUCAAAUGCAAAGAAUACAGUACAAAGUUUUAAAAGAUUUCAUGGUCGUGCAUUCUCAGAUCCCUUUGUUCAAGCUGAAAAAACAAGCCUUGCCUAUGAACUUGUCCAGCUGCCAACAGGUUCCACUGGCAUCAAGGUUAUGUAUAUGGAAGAAGAGAGAAACUUUACUAUUGAACAGAUGACUGGAAUGCUUCUUACCAAACUAAAAGAGACUGCUGAGAAUGCGCUUAAGAAGCCUGUAGUUGACUGUGUUGUUUCUGUUCCAUGUUUCUACACAGAUGCAGAGAGGAGAUCUGUGAUGGAUGCCACACAAAUUGCUGGUCUCAACUGCCUGAGGCUAAUAAAUGAAACAACUGCAGUUGCCCUUGCAUAUGGAAUCUAUAAGCAAGACCUGCCUGCCCUAGAGGAGAAGCCACGGAAUGUUGUUUUUGUGGAUAUGGGGCAUUCUGCGUAUCAAGUUUCUAUUUGUGCAUUCAAUAAAGGGAAACUGAAAGUUCUUGCUACAGCAUUUGACACAACACUUGGGGGCAGGAAAUUCGAUGAGGUGUUAGUUGAAUAUUUCUGUGAAGAAUUUGGGAAGAAAUAUAAACUAGACAUCAAGUCGAAGAUUCGUGCGUUGCUGAGGCUGUAUCAGGAAUGUGAAAAGCUGAAGAAGCUUAUGAGUGCAAAUGCUUCUGACCUUCCACUGAACAUUGAGUGUUUCAUGAAUGACAUUGAUGUUUCUGGAAAGAUGAACAGAAGUAAAUUUUUAGAGAUGUGUGAUGGACUUCUUGCAAGAGUAGAAGCCCCCCUUCGUAGUGUGCUGGAACAAAGCAAGUUAAAGAAGGAGGAUAUUUAUGCAGUAGAAAUAGUGGGUGGCACAACAAGAAUCCCUGCUGUUAAAGAGAAGAUCAGUAAAUUUUUUGGCAAAGAAGUCAGUACGACUCUGAAUGCAGAUGAGGCCGUUGCACGAGGUUGUGCACUGCAGUGUGCUAUUUUGUCACCAGCAUUCAAAGUGAGAGAGUUUUCUAUCACAGACUUGAUUCCGUACCCUAUUUCUUUGCGAUGGAAUUCACCAGCAGAAGAAGGGUUAAGUGACUGUGAGGUCUUUCCCAAGAACCACGCUGCUCCAUUUUCUAAGGUCCUCACGUUCUACAGAAAAGAACCAUUCACUCUUGAGGCGUAUUACAGUUCUCCCAAGGAGCUGCCUUACCCAGAUCCUGCUAUUGCUCACUUCUUGGUUCAGAAGGUCACCCCUCAAACAGAUGGAUCCAGUUCGAAAGUGAAAGUCAAAGUUAGAGUAAAUAUCCACGGUAUCUUCAGUGUUUCAAGUGCUUCUUUGGUGGAGGUUCAUAAAUCUGAUGAGAGCGAAGAGCCUAUGGAAACAGAUCAGCAUGCGAAAGAGGAAGAGAAGAUGCAGGUAGACCAGGAGGAGCAGCAAAAGACUGAAGAACAGCAGCAGGUCCAAGCUGAAAACAAGGCAGAGUCAGAAGAAAUGGAGACUUCUCAAGGUGACUCUAAAGACAAGAAAGUGGAUCAGCCACCUCAAGCCAAGAAGGCUAAAGUAAAGACUACUACAGUGGACCUUCCCAUUGAGAACCAGUUGGUGUGGCAGAUAGGGAAAGACAUGCUGAACUUAUUCAUUGAGAAUGAGGGUAAAAUGAUAAUGCAGGAUAAGCUGGAGAAGGAGAGGAAUGAUGCUAAGAAUGCUGUAGAAGAAUACGUGUAUGAAAUGAGAGACAAACUCUGCAGUAUUUAUGAGAAGUUUGUUAGUGAAGAUGAUCGAAAUAGCUUCACGUUGAUGUUGGAAGACACAGAAAACUGGCUUUAUGAAGAUGGAGAGGACCAGCCAAAGCAAGUCUACAUGGAUAAGUUAACAGAGCUGAAGGCCUUGGGUCAGCCCAUUCAGGCGAGAUUUCAAGAAUCGGAGGAAAGGCCAAAAGCAUUUGAGGAACUGGGGAAGCAAAUCCAGCAGUACAUGAAAACUGUUCAUGCCUUCAAAGCAAAGGACGAGCAAUAUGACCACCUGGAUGAAGCAGAUGUUGCAAAAGUGGAGAAAAGUGCAAAUGAAGCGAUGGAAUGGAUGAACAACAAACUCAAUCUUCAGAACAAGAGGAGUCUUACUUUGGACCCAGUUAUAAAAGCUAAAGACAUACAAGCUAAAACUAAAGAGUUGACGAGUAUUUGCAGUCCUAUAGUUACAAAACCAAAACCCAAAGUUGAACUCCCGAAGGAGGAGCAGAAACCGACCGAACCGAAUGGACCAGUAGAAGGGCAGGGAGAUGGCAGCAGCGGGGCCCAAAGUGCUGACCCCAAUGCUGCGCCCGCCCCAACGGCUGCGGAAAAGAAGCUUCCUGAGAUGGACAUUGACUGAAUGUCAGUACUUGUUUAUAUUACUGCAACCGACAAUAAAGCUUUAAGUUGUCAACUUUGUAUGUUCUGAAUACAGAUUGAAGCAAGCAAAUACCACAGCACUCUUGGUAAUCUUCAGAGAGGUUUGGUCAGUGCCUGAAGUCAGAAUGCUUAGGUAGCCAACUGCUCGGUCAGACCAGCAGUAUUUCUUGCCAUAGUGAUUGUAGCUAGAGGCUUCUGAUAUUGUUACUGCACCUGCAGAAGCAGCCACGAGCUGUCUCCAUGUUAAAGCAUGUUCAUGCUGAGUCAGUCUUGUUUUGAGAAGGGAGACUGCAAACGCUGUAGUCCAGUUUUCCAUGCUGUUCACAGCAGUGCUCAUCAGGAAAUGCCACUAAUGGUAGGAUGGUGAGACAGGGAUGGGGAGGGAGGCUGCUCCUCAGGGCCUGCAGCAUCCUCUAUCUGCUUACCUUAGUCUAGCCUGCAUUUAAGCAUUAACACACCUCUAGGUUUAUCUUUACCUGCACCUGAACAGCUCAUACUGCCACGAGGUUAGUGGUUAGUGUUCCCAUUACCUUUAUUCCUUAGUGGGCAUCAUCACAUCACUGAUAGCCCCAAAUCAGGUUCAUUUACCUGCUCUGUAGAAUAGCAGCUGUACGCUCCUAACAGCUCAGCCAUGGAUGUGCUCUAACCAUGAAGUAGACGCCCAGGUUAGUUACAUGAGCGCUGCCUGCAGCUCGGGGGGUGCUCAUAGAAGGAGGGCUGUGUUUCAGCUGCCCGCACUGAGCGCUGACUGAUGCCUUCCCAACUCCUUGCAGGGCUGUGCUUGCUGCCAUGAGGCCUUCAUUUGGAAUGCUUGGUUUUCUUCUUUUCCAGGAACAAAGCGUUUUCAUUUUCUAUGAGUUUUCUGCAGUAAUUUGCUUCUAGUACUGAUUGUCAUUAAACUUGCAAACAUGAAUUUGUAUGUGUUAAAGCUGACGUUGAAACACAGUUCAGCUGUUGGAAGAAAUAAAUGCACUGGAUUCUACUGGA